AUGACACUCCGAAACCACCUACUAAAAUUAUUCCGACAUCAUCCCAGAAAUUACCAUCGGUUACUAUGGCAACAUCAUUUUCUCAACCAAAUCCAAUGCUGACAACAAGUGCAGGUGGGUGUUUACACAAUAAAGAGUUAUACCGAGAAGGCCAAUCCUGGACCAUUGGUUGUGAAAAACGAUGUACGUGUAUAGAUGGGAAAAAAAAUUUACACAAAUGCACAGACCUAUGUAUCCGAUGGCAGCUGCCAGACGUUUGUUAUCUAUCACCGCCAUUGCCAGGAACGUGUUGUGAGCAACCGGUGUGUCCAAACUAUAUAACCAUUCAUUACCCUCCCGGCUAUUCACACAACUAGACUAUAUUAUUUUCCUGUUUUUAUUUAUCUUGAUCAAUAAAUGUGAUUUCAUUAUUUUACUUAUUUAUUUUAUAGUCUCUUAAAAAAAGUGCAAAUAAUCUCUUCUGGCAUUCACUAAACUGGGCCACAAGUGAGUUCUAGGCAUUGCAGUUUCUGAGAAGUUUUCGAAAUUUUUUUACUUUACAAGUCUUUUAUAAACUAAGUUAUCCAUAGGGCGGGACUAAUUUUGACCCCAGGGGAAUGAUUUAUAUAACUUCUGUAAAGGGCCACUUGACAAAUACUACACGUCAAUAUAUCGAAGCUAUAGGUAUUGCAGUUUCAUAAACGAAAACUUAAUGUAUUUUCCUAUAUAGGCCUAUGUCUUUGUACAACUUUUGUAGAGAACCAAUAUGUGAUGUUACAUGCCAAAUAUCUAAGCUCUGGGCACGGUACUUUUUGGGGAAACUUAAAGAUUUCAUGUUUAA